UCCUGCCCUCACUCUCCCUCUCUCCUGGCGCAUCCCUUGUGACCCACGGUGCAUGUUACGCUGUUACUUCCUCCCCACCUCCUUCCCCUCUCUGGAAACUCCUGCACGCCGACGAAGACACGCAUUCUGCUAAAACAAGCAGAAGAUUCUCACCGUGGACUGGGACAGAUUCACUACUGCGGGGAACUGUUUGGAGAGCGGUGGCAGCAGCGUGAGGGAGUACGCGUGUGUGUGUGCAUGCAUCCGUGCGCAUGUUUGGAGGGUAGACAGAGCUGCGCUGUGCUUCUCUCUCGCUCGUUCUCUCUCUCUCGGAUGAUGAAGGAUCUGGAUCGCUUAUGAUGGAGCUUGACUGAGAAGCGGCUCUCACUCUCACACGUGUGCUCUUAGACGGGCAGAGCUCGGGAGCUCUCGGCAGCGUGGCGGAGGCAGACACACACUCCUCACUUGCAUCUGGACGGUGACCGAUGACAGGACGUACAAGCCAGAUUCCGCGUGCCCCUCGUGCUCCGGCGAGCAUACACACGGGCAGGUGAAGGACCUUCACCUUUCGCCCCCGAGACCUCUGGAGAUGUUCCUCCUCUCUCCUGCAAGACUCACUUUGUUUCUGUUGGUCUUCCUGGAUGUUCCUCAUCCGUCCCUUCAGGGCAGGAAUAAGGGCAGAUGGAACAAGGGGGGAUCCCGUCUGCGGCAGGAAGAUUCUCCACCUCGGAUUGUAGAACACCCCUCCGAUCUGAUCGUGUCAAAGGGCGAGCCAGCCACCCUAAACUGCAAGGCGGAGGGUCGGCCAACUCCCACUGUGGAGUGGUACAAGGAUGGAGAACGAGUUGAAACGGACAAAGAUGACCCUCGAUCUCACCGCAUGCUCCUUCCCAGUGGUUCGCUCUUCUUCCUGCGUAUCGUACAUGGACGGCGCAGCAAACCUGAUGAGGGGGCGUACGUUUGUGUGGCACGCAACUACUUGGGGGAAGCAGUCAGUCGAAACGCCUCGCUGGAAGUAGCAUUGUUACGGGAUGAUUUCCGGCAGAACCCUACAGAUGUGGUGGUGGCCGCUGGAGAGCCAGCCAUCCUGGAGUGUGUCCCUCCUCGAGGACACCCGGAGCCCACCACCUACUGGAAGAAAGACAAAGUCCGAAUCGAUGAGAAGGAUGACAGGAUCAAGAUCCGUGGAGGGAAGCUGAUGAUCUCCAACACCAGGAAAAGCGACGCUGGCAUGUACAUUUGUGUGGGCACCAACAUGGUUGGCGAAAGAGACAGCGAAACAGCCCAGGUCACUGUGUUCGAGAGGCCCACGUUCCUGCGACGUCCCAUUAACCAGGUGGUUCUGGAGGAGGAGGCGGUGGAAUUUCGCUGUCAGGUGCAGGGAGACCCGCAGCCGUCCAUCCGCUGGAAAAAAGACGACAUUGACAUCCCCCGCGGGAGGUAUGAUAUGAAAUAUGAUAAAGAUGACUAUGUGCUGCGGAUAAAGAAGGCAGCAGCCACCGAUGAAGGAACCUUCACCUGUGUAGCGGAGAACCGAGUGGGAAAAAUGGAGGCGUCCGCAACCCUCACCGUCAGAGCUCGCCCUGUCGCUGCACCGCAGUUCGUGAUCAGGCCACGGGAUCAGAUUGUGGCACAGGGACGCACCGCCAGCUUCCCCUGCGAGACUAAAGGGAACCCACAGCCGGCAGUCUUCUGGCAGAAAGAAGGAAGUCAGAACCUCCUGUUUCCAAAUCAACCCCAGCAGCCCAACAGUCGUUUCUCGGUGUCGCCCAGUGGAGAUCUGACCAUCACGGCGGUCCAGCGGGCAGAUGCGGGCUAUUAUAUCUGCCAGGCCCUGACGGUGGCGGGCAGCAUCCUGGCCAAAGCACAGCUUGAGGUCACAGACGUGUUGACCGAUCGCCCUCCACCCAUCAUUCGGCAGGGUCCAGCUAACCAGACUCUUGGUGUCGACAGUGUGGCUCUUCUGAGGUGCCAUGCAUCCGGAGAACCAGUCCCAACCAUCAGCUGGCUGAAGGACGGGGUCAGUCUGCUGGGCAAAGACCCUCGGAUGUCCCUGCAAGACCUCGGCAGCCUGCAGAUUAAGGGUCUACGGCUCUCUGAUUCUGGGAUCUAUACUUGUGUGGCUGCAAGUUCUAGUGGGGAAACAUCAUGGAGUGCUUUCUUGGAGGUCAAAGAGUCUGGGAGUCUUGUUGUAGUUAAAGAUCGGGAUGAGAACGAGCUUCCAGGACCUCCUUCCAAACCUCAGGUCACAGAUGUCACUAAAAACAGUGUGUCAUUGUCCUGGCAGCCAGGCCUUCCCGGAGCAUCAGCCAUCUCUACAUAUGUCAUAGAAGCAUUCAGCCAAUCGGUGAGCAACAGCUGGCAGACUGUUGCCGAUCACGUCAAGACCACGCAGUACACCAUUAAGGGUCUUCGCCCCAACACCAUCUACCUGUUCAUGGUACGAGCGGUCAACGUCCAAGGCCUGAGUGACCCGAGCCCCAUGUCUGAACCCGUCCGCACUCAAGAUAUAAGUCCUCCAGCACAGGGUGUGGAUCACAGACAUGUGCAGAAGGAGCUCGGUGAGGUUAUUGUGCGGCUACACAACCCUGUGGUCCUCAGCCCCACCACCAUACAGGUCACAUGGACGGUUGACCGCCAGUCUCAGUUCAUCCAGGGCUACAGGGUUUUGUACAGGCAGAUGUCAGGCCUGUCCUCUCCGGGAGCCUGGCAGACUCAGGAUGUGAAAGUCCCCUCGGAGCGGAGCAUGGUGCUCUCGGCUCUGAAGAAAGGCAUCGUCUACGAGAUCAAAGUGCGUCCGUAUUUCAAUGAGUUCCAGGGCAUGGACAGUGAAUCCAGAACCGCAAGGACAACAGAGGAAGCGCCUAGUGCUCCUCCUCAGCAGGUGACAGUCCUCACUGUGGGCAACCAGAACAGCACAUCUAUUAGCAUCUCCUGGGACCCUCCUCCCACAGAACACCAGAACGGCAUCAUCCAGGAGUAUAAGAUCUGGUGUUUGGGGAACGAAACCCGUUUUCAUGUGAAUAAGACGGUGGACGCAGCAAUCCGCUCAGUGGUGGUUGGGGGUCUCCAGGCGGGGGUCCAGUACCAGGUGGAGGUGGCCGCCAGCACCAGCGCCGGGGUCGGAGUGAAGAGCGAACCACAAACCAUCAUCAUUGGCAAAGACUUCCGGGAGGUGAUCAUAAGCAGGAAUAACAGCAUCACAGAGCAGAUCACGGAUGUGGUGAAACAGCCGGCCUUCAUCGCGGGCAUCGGUGGGGCCUGCUGGGUCAUUCUCAUGGGUUUCAGCAUCUGGCUCUACUGGAGGAGGAAGAAGAGAAAGGGGCUCAGCAAUUACGCAGUUCAGUCGUUCACCUUCACCCCUGCAGUGACGUUCCAGCGUGUUGAUGGAGGCUUGAUGAGCAACGGGAGUCGUCCUGGUCUGCUGAACGCCAAUGAUUCGGGUUACCCGUGGCUCGCCGACUCCUGGCCGUCCAGCCUGCCUGUCAACAGCGGAUCUGGAGGACCCAAUGACCUCAGCUUUGGCCGUGGAGACGUGAUGCCCAGCGCUCAGGCUGAUAAGACAGGCACCAUGCUUUCUGAUGGCGCCAUUUACAGCAGCAUCGACUUUACAACCAAAGGUGGAUUCGGCAGCCCAAGCCCCGCCUCCCAGGCCACGCCCUAUGCCACCACGCAGAUCCUCCACUCCAACAGCAUCCAUGAGCUGGCCGUGGAUCUGCCUGAAGCCCAGUGGAAGACCUCCCUACAGGCCAAGCAGGAGAUGGCCAGCCUGGGUUACUCACUGCCGGACAAAAACUCCUGCAAUAAUACACUCCUUUUCAUUCCUGACUACCGAUUGGCUGACGGACUGUCUAAUAGAAUGCCACACAACCAAUCGCAGGAUUUCAGCACAACCAGCUCCCACAACAGCUCAGAUCGGAGCAACAGUCUGUCAGGUGGGAAAGGUGGAAAGAAGAAGAAGACCAAAGCAAAUGUCAAGCCCACCAAGAUGAAUGGCUCCAACUGGGCGAACGUUCCACUUCCUCCCCCUCCCAUCCACCCUCUUCCAGGCACAGAGAUGGACCACUACGCCUCAGAGCACCAUGAUGGAGGAGGAUAUGAUAGUGAUGGUUGGGGCCCACCAUUGCCAGUGCAGACAUACCUCCAUCAGGGUUUAGAGGAUGAGCUGGAGGAAGAGGAAGAGCGGGUGCCCACUCCUCCCAUAAGGGGCGUGGCUUCUUCUCCUGCAGCAGUUUCCUUUGGCAAACAGUCCACAGCCACACUGAGCCCAUCUCCACGUGAAGAAAUGCAGCCCAUGCUCCAAGCCCACCUAGAUGAGCUGACCCGUGCUUAUCAGUUGGACAUGGCGAAACAGACUUGGCACAUGCAGGGUGGGCCUUACCCGCCCCAGGCCCCCGCACCACCCGUGGGCUACGUCUCUAGCACCUUGGUGUCUGACAUCGAGACCGAUCUCCCUGAUGAAGAUGACGAUGAUGAGGAGGAUGAAGGAUACGAGAUGUCGCCGCCAAUUAGGGGCAGUGAACACACGCCAGGCUCCAGCAUGGACAACUUGGAUAGCUCCGUUACGGGCUCUAUGGUGAACGGCUGGGGCUCGGCUUCAGAAGAUGAUGACAGAAACUUCUCCAGCAGGAGGUCUAGUGCCGGCAGCUCUUCUGACGGCUCGCUCUUCACCCAUUGCAGCUUUGCACGAGCCCUGGUGGCAGCCGCAGACAAGGCUGGUUACCGCCUGGAUGGCACCAGCCUGAGCAAGAGAGAUAAAGGUCUACCUCAUAGACCUCGUCCUGCUAGCCCAUUCUCCACAGAUGGAAGCACGGUGGGCACACACAGUCUGGGGCACCAGCGGGCAGCGAGGCCCACCCGCAAACACAAAGGCCCUGGCACUGUUCCGAACCGCCGUGAUGCCAGUGCUGAUGAUCUGCCUCCACCUCCAGAGCCUCCACCCUGCCAGACAGCUCGCAUCCCCGGGUCGAGGAACGUUCCCCACCCCUGCGACCGCAAGGCUUCCUCUCUGGAGAGGCAGCCCAUGAUGGGCCUUGAGGAAAUGAGAAGUUCCUUGGACCGGCAGGCCCGAACCUCAUUGGACCGCCACCAGCAAGUCCAGGACAGACUGGGGUCCAUAGAGAGAGGAGAUGAAAGCAGAAGAGGACAGAAAAAUGGUCCCUUUUCAGAAGAGGCCCUAUUGCCAUACAGCAAACCAUCAUUCCCAUCUCCCGGGGGGCACAGCUCAUCUGGGACAGCCUCUUCUAAAGGGUCAACGGGUCCUCGCAAAGGAGAAGGAACGAGGGGACAGCACCAGCGCUCCACCACGGAGCAAGGCGAAAGCAGCUACAUGGGGAUCAACCCGCAGUUUUCCGGAGAGUUAUAGUGAGCAUUUUGGAUGGAAACUGAAGAAUGCCUUUAUCUGUUUUGGAAAUGCCUCACCUGCUUGGUGCAGUGGUCUCGUGAAGCGUCAGAAGGAAGCGAAGAGAAAAAAAAAUGAUGAAAAGGACAAACUGUAAAUGUGAUGUAAAGAUGGACAUGCAACCCACAAGAUCCGCAACAUCCCUCACCUUCCUCCUUAAACUAUUCAUUCACAGAAAAAAAGAAAAAUGUUGGGGACGAAAAAGAAAAGAAAAAAACACAAUGUAAGGCCUGAGAUUUGAGUCGCCCAGCUUUGGUGAACUUGUGGAAAGGAAAUCGAGUUUCCUGUAAAUAUAUUCUUGACAUCGGAGAUCGAAAAAUGACAUUAUUGUUAUUGCAUUGCUAUGCAAGCCGAGUUCCGUUUCCGCGCUCUCCUCCCUCUUACGCUGUUGGUCGUUUGUACGAUAUGUGAAUUGAUGGGCUGUGGUGCCAUAGAAAUUAUGUUGUCAUCCAUCAUUUGUUAAUACUUCUCAUGAAUUAAUUGUUGUCAUUAUGAUAAUUAUUAUAAUUAAUUAUUUUCUUUUGCACUGCAAUUUUGGUGAUAAGCACAAAACCAUAGCUCCUGCUGACAUGAAGAAUUGGAGGAAAGGAAAUGUGAAGGGGAGUUUCUGUACUGUAACUAGAGAUAUGAAAAUAUAUAACCAUGUACAGAGAUAUAUUAAGAUAUGCCUGCAUCUAUGCUGGUGGGAAAGACUUAGAGUUCUGAUGAACUUUCGGUGAUGGGAUUCCUGUGAGAGGAGCCAGACCCUCUUGAGCUUGGAAAUUGCUCACGGAUGGGUCAGGAGACUGUUUGCAGGGAAACUUGUUUGGUCCCAACACAUCCCCCUACUGGUUAACACUAGUCAAUCUAGUCCACUUGGUCCAAUUGGAAUAUUUUCAGGCCAGAUCUUUGAGCUACACUGGACUACAGGUACCAACUUUGCCUCUUCCCCUUCCCACCAUUUGCCGCUAGCUUGUGUUUUGUGUUUUUUGAGCAUAGCAGAAUUAGACACCAACAUGGCUAACAUUUGAAAGUGAAUUGUUCAUUGCAAUUCAGGUAAUCUGGCUUUUUUUGUCUUAAUUUGUUGAUCUCCACUCCAAAUUAGAUUACAAGCACUUGAACCGUGAGUAAUUUAAAAGCCAUAUGAACAAGACUACAAUGCCCCUGCCUUCCCGUAAGGCUUCUGCCUUACUCUAGAGGUCUUGUAGACGUCAAUUCCCGUGCUCCGAUCUCGAGUGGAGAAUCAAGUCAGGAAACUUAAUUUUUAUUUUCAUUUUUGAGCACUUAUCUUGAUUCUUUUGUAUAUUUCUGAGUCCCAAAGUCUUGUUCUACUUUUCCUAUGCAGGGCACUGAAUCACCGACGCAAUCUUACGCCAAUUCGUAACUUAUUUAUUUAGUCGCUAAUUCGUAUUCAUGACAUAUACGUUUUAGUCUGAUUUCCUUAUCCCCUGUGAGGGGUAGGAUUAGGGGUGGGGUUUGAGGACAAGCCUCCUUUAAAAAAAAACGUAAAUCUUCGUAUCAGUGAAAUCGUUUCCUUGUGAGAUUAGGCUGAAAUCACUGGGAUCCGUAAAUGACAUUCAUUGGUAUCUUGAUUGGUAUAUACAUUCAUUGAUAUCUUGAUUGGUAUAUACAUUCAUUGGUAUCUUGAUUGGUAUUUACAUUCAUUGGUAUCUUGGUUGGUAUAUACAUUCACUGGUAUCUUGAUUGGUAUAUACAUUCAUUGGUAUCUUGAUUGGUAUAUACAUUUAUUGGUAUCUUGAUUGGUAUCUUGAUUGGUGGAUACAUUCAUUGGUAUCUUGAUUGGUAUAUACAUUCACUGGUAUCUUGAUUGGUAUAUACAUUCUUUGAUAUCUUGAGUGGUAUAUACAUUCAUUGGUAUCUUAAUUGGUAUAUACAUUCAUUGGUAUCUUGAUUGGUAUCUUGAUUGGUAUAUACAUUCAUUGGUAUCUUGAUUGGUAUAUACAUUCUCUGGUAUCUUGAUUCGUAUAUACAUUCAUUGGAAUCUUGAUAGGUAUAUACAUUCAUUGAUAUCGUAAAUGGUAUCUACAUUCAUUGGUAUCUUGAUUCAGAUAUACAUUCACCGAUAUCUUGAUUGGUAUAUUCAUUCAUUGGUAUCUUGAUUGGUAUAUGCAUUCAUUGGUACCUUGAAUGGUAUAUACAUUCAUUGGUAUCUUGAUUGGUAUAUACAUUCAUUGGUAUCUUGAUUGGUAUAUACAUUCAUUGGUAUCUUGAUUGGUAUAUACAUUCAUUGGUAUCUUGAUUGGUAUAUGCAUUCAUUGGUAUCUUGAAAGGUAUAUACAUUCAUUGGUAUCUUGAUUGGUAUAUACAUUCAUUGGUAUCUUGAUUGGUAUAUACAUUCAUUGGUAUCUUGAUUGGUAUAUGCAUUCAUUGGUAUCUUGAAUGGUAUAUACAUUCAUUGGUAUCUUGAAUGGUAUAUACAUUCAUUGGUAUCUUGAAUGGUAUAUACAUUCAUUGGUAUCUUGAUUGGUAUAUACAUUCAUUGGUAUCUUGAAUGGUAUAUACAUUCAUUGGUAUCUUGAUUGGUAUAUACAUUCAUUGGUAUCUUGAAUGGUAUAUACAUUCAUUGGUAUCUUGAUUGGUAUCUACAUUGAUUGGUAUCUUGAUUCAGAUAUUCGUCCUGUAAUCUUAUGUGGAAGUGUCGAGCUAAAGCCAAUAACAUUAUGCAUUUGAGGUUGUGAAAAAUGCGGCAAUAUCGCUCACAUGAUCACUAAUGAAUGGUGAUUGUGCAAUUUUUUUAAUACAUUUUUUUUCACAUCCUUGGUGUGCUGUAAAAUGUCAAUUCGACCUCGAGAAAACGUUUCCACUGUCUCCGGCCACAACAUACAAAGUACGUUUACCAGACGGUCCAGUUGGUUCUUUUUUGCUUGAUGAAAUUUUACAUAUAUAAAUAUAUUAUAAAAACGAAAUGUACAAAAGGCUGCUCAAAAAAAGGAUAUUUUUUACUGUGGAAUCUUCAGGAGUUACUGGUGAAAUGACUGUUUUCUUUCGUUGUUUCCGUCGUCGUUUUUUGUACAACUAUACUGAGGAGAGCUCUCUCAAAGCGGGCCGACGUCCCGUUCCACGUCUUUCUCUCAGAAAUCACAUCAUUUCAGCGCUAGUGUCCAGCGGUUUGGAAUAAUGAGGUGCGAACGAGUAUCUCAGGUGAUUUUACAUCUAUAUCGGUGGUGUUGAUGUGGGUGUAUAUAAAUGUAUAUAUUCAUAUGCAUCCUCACGUAAGAGAGUUCAUUCCAUGUUCGCUAUUGAAACGUUUCUCCACCCCUUGUACCUGAUGGAUUGCUAUGCUCUCUCUCUUUCUCUCUCUCUCUCUCUUCCUUUUUGGCCCUGUCGACAGUGGAUUUCCAUUCCUCUUCCUCAUCUGAAAACGUGCCGGUACACUAAAUGUCCAUAAGACAAAGAUGUCACUUACAGAACAUACCAAAAUUAAUAUUGAUAUUUCUAAUGUCUAAUGCAUUUUAGUGUCUUUUUUAAUACUUGUUUCUUUAAACAUCACAGUGUUGUUGUUUUUUUGUAUUUAUUAAGAUAAUAAAGGUAUAUUGUGAAA